UAACUUAGCAUAUUAGACAAAAAUAUUUUAGAGUUAUAAAUGUGAGUGUCCAUUUUUGUGAGUAUAAAAAUGAAAAUGCAAAUUUGUCCUCAUCAUCUUAUUCUAAUCUAAAGCUGUCAAAGGUGCUGCAAACAAGGUGCUUGUGACUCCAGAAGAAGCCAAGAUUUGGUUUGUGAUUACCGGUCCUGAAAUGGAUGCUGAAAAAGUGGUGCAUACUGGAGGUUGCCAUUGUAAGAGUGUAAGGUGGAAAGCGGUUGCUCCUUCUAGUGUUGUGGCAUGGGACUGCAACUGCUCAAACUGCUCCAUGAGAGCCAAUAACCACUUCAUUGUGCCUGCUGACAAUUUCGAGCUUUUGGGAGAUUCUGGGAAGUUUCUUAGUACGUACACUUUUGGCUCUCAUACUGCAAAGCACACAUUCUGUAAAAUCUGUGGUAUAACCUCGUUCUAUUAUCCACGCUCAAACCCAGAUGGGGUUGCAGUUGCAUUUAGGUGUGUUGACCCUGGAACGUUGACACACGUUGAAAUCAGGAAUUUUGAUGGGAAGAAUUGGGAAAGUUCUUAUAAUCAGACUGGCAUCUCUUCAUAUUCGAAGGUGCAAAAGUAACUCAUAACAUCAGGGAGCAGAAAAAAGUGAUCACUAGCAGUCCUGCAUUAAGUUUUCAUUCCCUAGAUACAUUGUGUUGCUACUGCAAAUGCUCUGGAAAAAUAAACCUGACAUGAUACAAUAAUAAAAAUGUUCAAGGCCGAGUUAUUUGUUUGA